GGAACUUCAUGAAAAUGGAAAUCUCAUCUUUUCUUCUCUUCCUCUUCUCACUCAUCUCCAUCUUCAUAACAUCAAAAGCCAUUGACACAAUCUCUGCAACUCAAUCUAUUAGAAAUGGUGGUGAGACUAUAGUUUCAGCUGGUGGCGCCUUUGAGUUGGGAUUUAUCAGCAUUAAUUCUAAUACAUAUUUGGCUGUUUGGUUCAAGAAAAUAUCUCAUGGAACUGUAAUCUGGGUUGCUAAUAGAGAAACUCCACUCUCCAAUUCAUCAGGAAUUUUGGAAUUUAAUAGCAGAGGAAAUCUUAUUCUUCUGAAUCAAGAAAACUUGACCAUAUGGUCUACUAAUACAUCAAGAACUGUGCAGAAUCCGGUCGCGCAGCUUCUUGAUUCAGGAAAUUUCGUUAUUCGAAACGAAAACGAUGUCAACCCGGAAAAUUACUUGUGGCAAAGUUUUCAUCAUCCUGACAAAACAUUUAUGCCUGGAAUGAAAAUCGGAAGACUGGCAGGAGGCCGUGAUGUUCGUUUAUCGUCAUGGAAGAGCGAAGAUGAUCCUUCUAAAGGUGAAUUCACUUUUCAUCUGGAUUCCUCCCGUGUUCAGACUGUGAUCGACAAGAAUUCAGUUACCACGGCUCGGUCAGGACCUUGGAAUGGUAUCGGCCAGAGUGGGUUACCAUUCAUAAGACCAAAUCCAAUUUUCAAUUUUUCGUUUAUUGUCGGUGAAAACGGAAGUUACUAUACUUUCGAGCUUAUCGACAAAUCUGUUUUUACAAGAAAUAUUCUGACAGAGAAUGGUAUAUUGAAUCGGUAUGCAUGGAUAGAUCGGACCCAGCAGUGGCAGCAUAUCUCGUCUGCACCGGCAGAUAAUUGUGACACCUAUGAUCUGUGUGGUGCUCAUGGCAGUUGUGACAUAACCAAAACGCCUGUGUGUUCGUGCUUGAAUAAAUUUGUGCCAAAAUUAAAAAAUACUUGGAAUGCAGCAGAUUGGACAGGCGGAUGUGUUCGAAGGACGCCAUUGGAUUGCGAGAAAGGUGACGGGUUUGUUAAGUAUCCGAAUGUUAAAUUGCCUGAUUUUUACUCAAUUGUUUCAAGCUUGACGUUGAAGGAAUGUGAGGUGAUGUGCUUGAAAAAUUGUUCUUGUAUGGCUUAUGCCAGUUCGGACCUCAGAAAUGGAAGAGGCUGCUUCUUUUGGUUCGGACAACUUAUCGACAUCAAACAAUUCAACGAAGAUGGCGGGCAAGAUCUUUACAUUAGGUUGGCUUCUUCAGAAUUAGAUACGAGAUCCAGGCGUAGGAUUAUUGCAGGGACCGUAGCAGGCUUGGCAUCAGUUCUACUUAUCGCUAUUUUGUGUAUAGGUUUACGCAUAAGGAAUAAAAAGAGAAAACAGAAGCAAAAUGCACAUGGAAAAUGGGAAAAUGAUCUAGACCUUCCCCAUUUUGAUAUAAGCAUAAUAUCAAAAGCUACCAAUAACUUCUCAUUCGACAAUAGGCUCGGAGAGGGCGGCUUUGGGCCCGUCUACAAGGGCACGCUUGAAGAUGGGCAAGAAGUUGCUGUUAAGAGGCUGUCGACAGAAUCUAGACAAGGGCUUGACGAGUUCAUGAACGAAGUUAAAUGCAUUGCCAAACUUCAGCAUAGAAACCUGGUCAAGCUAAUCGGAUACUGCGUUGACCUUGAUGAAAAGUUGUUGAUCUAUGAAUACAUGCCUCAUAAAAGCCUUGACUGCUACAUUUUUGAUGAAGACCGAAGAAAGCUACUGGAUUGGAAAAUGAGGUUACAAAUUAUCAAUGGCAUUUCACGGGGACUUCUAUAUCUUCAUCAAGAUUCUAGAUUAAGAAUUAUUCAUAGAGAUCUUAAAUUAAGCAACAUUUUACUAGAUAAUGAGAUGAACCCAAAAAUCUCGGAUUUCGGCAUGGCUAGAAGUUUUUGGGAUAAUGAAACUGCAGCAAAUACAAAACGAGUAGUUGGAACAUAUGGUUACAUGUCACCAGAGUAUAUUAUUGACGGAUUAUUCUCCGUAAAAUCUGAUGUAUUUAGCUUUGGCGUGUUGCUGUUGGAGAUCAUCAGUGGGGAGAGAAACAGAGGAUUUACUCAUUCAGACCAUCAACUUAACCUUCUUGGACAUGCAUGGAGGGUGUUCAUGGAAGGGAGAUAUACAAAGUUUAUAGAUGAAUUAAUUGCGGAAUCUUGCAAUUUAUCACAAGUACUAAGAACAAUUCAUGUUGGUCUAUUAUGUGUUCAACACGAUCCAGAUGAUAGACCAAGCAUGUCAUCUGUGGUUUUAAUGUUGAGCAGUGAAGGUCCAUUGCCUGAGCCUAAAGAACCCGGAUUUUUCACUGAAAGAAAAUUGUCUGAACAAAAAUCAUGUUCUGUGAAUGGACUCACAAUUUCAGCAAUUGAUGUAAGAUGAAAGUUGUAUUUAUGUUCAUAACCCCUUCAGUGAUUCAAUUAAUAUUAAAAUUCAUUUGUUACAAGGCAGAGGAUUUCUGU